AUCAGCCAUAAUGAAGACUCUUUGUGUAUUACUUCUUGUUGUUGUUUCAGCUUCAGCAUACACUUUUACCAAAUGCUCUCUUGCAUCUACAUUGGUAUCAGCUGGUGUUGCCAGAGGUGAUGUACACAAAUGGGUUUGUAUGGCUAACGCCGAAUCUGGUUUAAGAACAACAGCUCAUAAUGUAAAUAGAGAUGGUUCUGCUGAUCACGGAAUCUUCCAGAUCAACGACUAUUGGAACUGUGAUCCAAGAAAUGGUAGAAAAACCAAAAACGGUUGCAAACACCCAUGUACUGAUUUUGAAAACUCUAGCUUGAGUGAUGAUGUACGAUGUAUGAAAACUCUCUUGGGAUGGCAACAUCAUGAUAUGGCUAAAGUCUCUUAUGGUUAUGCCGCCCGUUGUAAAGGUGUUACUGCCUCAUACCUCAGUGGAUGUUCUUAUUAAAACAUAACGUAUCCCU